AUGUACAAUCCCACACGACUCAAGGUUCAAUUAAAGUUGGCUAUUAACCGACUCAAGAUGCUGCAAGCGAAAAAAACGUCGCUCAAUCAACAAAACCGACGCGAGAUUGGCACUCUGUUGGAAAAGGGCAAAGAGGAAAGUGCCCGCAUAAGAGUGGAGCAUAUCAUUCGCGAUGACCUAUUUAUUGAAGCUAUGGAGAGUUUGGAGUUAUACUGUGAUUUACUGCUCGCUCGUUUUGGGCUCCUCGAAACCUACAAGACGUGUGAGGAUAGCGUGGCAGAGGCAGUGAAUACAAUUAUUUGGGCGGCUCCGCGUGUGGGCGAAGCCAAAGAGUUGGGUCUGGUGCGUGACCAGUUGGCCAGUAAGUUUGGUAAAGAGUUUAUGAUGCAGGCUUUGGAGAACGCAGAUGAGCGUGUAAACCCCCGAAUUGUGAUGAAACUCGAUAUAGCUGCACCUGAUCCAUUUUUAGUAGAAAGAUACUUGGAAGAAAUUGCCAGAGCCUAUGAUGUGAAAUGGAGAUCUCACAUUCUUGUGCAUGAAGAAAGUGAAGAAGAAGAAGAGGAAGAUGAAGAUGAUGACACUAUGGGUAAUGGAAGUGGUGGUGGAGGAGGACAGGCAGAGUUAUUACCUCCACUUGAAAAUGAACAAGAUUCUCGCUUUGAUUUACCAGAAAUUCCCACUAAUUCACCCUUGAAAAAGACAACCAAUGUUGUAGAUGAUCCCAAUGAUUUUGAUGCUUUAGCAAGGCUAACCACAACCGCCACCGAAAAUAAAAGCACACCAGCUGUGACCGAUGCCACCUUCAAGUCUACAUCCGUUGCUUUAAUCGAGAAAUUACUGCAGUUUUCCACACCUCGUUUGGAUGUCAAGAUUGUCAAUGUUUUAUUCCUCGAGGGCAUGAUGGAUAUUUUCAUGACACAUGUAACUCGACUGGACCCGAACGGGCCAAAAGUGGAUUUGGAUCAGUGCAGCUUGGAAGAGCAAUUGGCUUAUAGCGAGCACGUGCGUGAUGUGGAGGAUUUAGAGGCUACCAAACGAUCUUACCAUGCUAUGGAACUCCUAUCAGGAACCACAGCCAAUCAUUUAUGGGUGCAGAAUGCUAAAUUCCAUGAUAUUGUCACUCAUUUAUUCCAAGUUUUCUUACCAAACUCGCAUGGAAAUUUCAAUCAUUUCUUCAAGAUAUUUCAGAGGUUGAUUCGAAGACAUCCAUGUGAUAUGUUGAAUGUAGUCAUCUUACGCAACAAGGCCUCCAUCCUGUUCAAUUACAUGUUACCUUAUCUCACCGAGAGUUCCAUCACCGAUGCUAUCCUCAGUUUAAUCUUUGUUCGAGAUAUUAAUACAGAGACUAAAGAAGCACGUGAGAAAUCCCAUGCUUAUUUACAGGAACUCGGCUUUUUGGAAUGGAUCAUUCAAUCCAUGCAAAUCAAAGAAGCAUCGCAAGUGGAUAAUGGUGAUAUUCUGUUUAAAUCACUACGUACUGAUAAAGGCAUGGAGAUGAUGGAAGUCCUCGUCAAGAAUGUGAUUGACAACCCACCGUCCGAAGAAAGAGAUGGCACGAUUAAUAUCAUUAAACUGUUGGUGAAGAGCGGUAUGUUGACAACCCGCGCCUCAUCCAUGUCUCAGCCUGUGCAAGGACCUUUAUACUAUAUCUCACUGCGUUCUCAAGAAUUACUGAUCAAGCACAUUCCUAGCUUUUGCUCUCUUUUCGCCAAAGAUCGCCACACCUCCAACACCAAAAUUGCACCGUUGACGACGUCGGAUAUGGAUUUACUGGAUAUUAUUUACCAAACACUGUAUAAUGCUAAUGAAAAGACGCAGAUGCUGGCAUCUACCCCUUCGGCCUUUUGGAAAAUCCUGGUGAAUUCAUUCUUUGAGAAAUCAUCCAGUAAUAUUUACCACACCUUGUUUUACCGCAUUGUAUGUUUAACCUUGUCGAUUAAUUAUGAGCCCACAUUGAUUGUGCUUUCAGUGAAAACUAACAUUCUGCAUUUAGAAACACGUGGGUUUAUUCUGUUGAUCUUGAACCAGUUACGAUUGAUGGCGGAUGCACACCAUAGUGAUUUAAUCAGUCGUAUUAUAGACAACCAUCCACGAUUUCGAGAAUUUUUACCGACGCUGAGAACAGAUACCCUGGCUCAAUUAGAGCCGAUUUAUACUUGGAAAUUGGAAGCAUGUCCACGUCCCCCAGCUCAUUUGGGGCCCACACCUCCUAUUCAGGCCGUGCAUUUCUCACCGUAUGCUGGCACCUUACCAUUAAUGACCAAUGCCAAUGAUCAUGAUGAAGCGUCAGGCAUUGAUCUCGGUAGCGAUUAUGCAUAUUGCUUAGGGUUUAAAGAAGGACCCAAGGGCUCGGAAACACCUUAUUAUUUAUCACGCAGAAAUUCCAACCAUUCGGAUUACUCGUUAUCUUCCUCACAAUCCAAUAAUGAUACUGGUUCUGAUGAAGAGGGGUAUGACUGUCCUCUUUGCAUGGAAGAGUUAGACAUUGCUGACAAGAACUUUCGACCUUGUCCAUGUGGUUACAAGGUACCUUUGAACCAAAAAUUGAAUGGUGUUUACAUCUGCCGUUUCUGCUGGCAUCAUAUUCGUGAGAACCUCAAUCGACGUUGCUUAUUUUUGCUAACUUUAAAUAACAGGAUUCAGCGUAUUCGAAGAGAGAAGAAAGAAAAGGAGAGACAACAAAAGGAUAUGGAGACAGCGAAUCGACGUCACUUGGCAAAUAUGAGAGUAGUUCAAAAGAACCUUGUCUAUAUCAUUGGUCUUCACCCCAAGCUAGCCACUGAAGAGACGGUAAGGUCCAAUGACUACUUUGGUCAGUUUGGAAAGAUUUCAAAGAUUGUGAUCAAUAAGCGACAGAUUGCACCUACGUCUUUAGCCAACGGAGCCACGUCCAUGCAACCUAGUGCAGCCGUCUAUGUAACUUAUCAGCGAAAGGAAGAUGCAGGGAAAGCCAUUCAUGCAGUUGACGGUAGUGUCAUGGCUGGCCGUAUCCUAAGGGCAUCGUAUGGUACGACAAAGUAUUGUACCUAUUACCUUCGAAAUAUGAAUUGUCCAAACCCUAGUUGUUUAUACCUGCAUGAGCCUGGAGAAGAAGCAGAUACCAUUUCCAAAGAAGAAUUAGCUACAGGAAAACAUCGUAUGAGAGAUCAAAUGGCACAUGAUGAUUCGGAAGAUGAAGAUGAUGAUGAUUAUUCAUACCACCACCAUCACCAUCAACAACAACAACAUCAUCAUCAUCAUUCACCCGUAUCUUCGCAUUCUGAUUUCCCUCCUGUUUCUGCUGCUAGUGGUAGUGGUUCUAGCACCAAAAAGUCAUCGAUGGAGGAUGAACGCUCAGCGUUACCAGCAACAGCAUCGUGGGCCAAAUCCAGUGCGGACCCUACGUCCCGAGCCACACGGGCCCUGACGCCUGAUGCCUUUGGACCUCCCUUAGCUGUAGCAGUAGCGCAACAACAACAGCAGCAGCAACAACAACAGCAAAAGCAACACCAACUUUCUCCUUCUGCAUUAAAACGUAAAUUAGAAAAGAAGAAACGUAAAGAGAUGAUGCAAAAGCAACGAAGAGAAGAAGAGGAGGAGGAAGAAAUGGCAUCAAAAAGGGUAGAGGAGAAAAAACCAUUUCAUAUGGAUGAUGGAUUAGUGCAAUUUGUAUUGGGAAAUGCAUUUGAGGAAGUAUGUGCACCGAGUCCAUCUGAAUUCACCAAUGAAGAAACUCCUGUGGGCGUGAGUGGACUUUAUGAAUCAAAUGAAGAAGACGAAGAAGAAGAGGAGGGACCGAUGACACCGCCAAUUGAAUAUAGCAUGUCUCGAUUACAUUUGAAUGAUACCAUGUCACCACUUGAAUACUUGACACAAACAAUACCUACACCUUCAUAUACGGGCACUUUCAAUCCAUUCGCUCAUCAAUUAUUAAGAACAAUGACAUCCUCAUCUCCUCCUUUAUCAUCAUCAUCAACGACAGCAACAACUGUAGCAGCAGCUAAUGAUUCUCCUGUUCGUAAACAUUCAAGAUUUGGAUUUGCUCAAGUUUAA